CCAGAACCUCAUGGGCUGAAGAGGACUGGAAGUACUCUGGCCUGCUGAGAGGCCAGAGUGGGUGGAUACAGGUUUACCUGAGGGGAAGGCGGCCUACUGCCUGUCAGCUAGCUGAAACCACUGACUCGGGACUGCAGGCUGCCCCGCUCCCAACACCCACCAGCCUGUCUCAGCAGGGACAACAGGCAUCCCACCAUGGUGAAUGAGACGGCCUCCUCCGGGAGCAGGCGGUCCAGCAGCAGCAGCAGCGGCGGCAGCGAGGGCUCCAAGGACAGCUCGCGAUGUUCCACGCCCGGGCUGGACGCCGAGAGGCACGAGCGACUGCGGGACAAAAUGCGCAGGAGGAUGGACUCCGGGGACAAAUGGUUCUCCUUGGAGUUCUUCCCGCCCCGCACGGCUCAGGGAGCUGUCAAUCUCAUCUCCAGGUUUGACCAGAUGGGGGCGGGAGGGCCCCUCUUUGUGGAUGUGACCUGGCACCCGGCGGGCGACCCCGGCUCGGACAAGGAGACCUCGUCCAUGAUCAUCGCCAACACGGCGGUGGACUACUGCGGCCUGGAGACCGUGCUGCACAUGACUUGCUGUCACCAGACCAGGGACGAGAUCACCCGCCACCUGCACAAAGCCAAGCGGCUGGGGCUCAAGAACAUCAUGGCCCUAAGGGGUGACCCCAUAGGUGACGAGUGGGAGGAGGAGGAGGGUGGCUUCAAUCACGCCGUGGACUUGGUGAAGCACAUCCGCAGCGAGUUUGGCGAUUACUUUGAUGUCUGCGUGGCAGGUUACCCCAAAGGCCACCCCGAGGCCGAGAGCUUCGAGGCCGACCUGCAGCACCUGAAGGAGAAGGUGGUGGCCGGAGCGGACUUCAUCAUCACGCAGCUCUUCUUCCAGGCUGAGACCUUCAUCCGCUUCACCAAAGCCUGCGCCGCCAUCGGCAUCACCUGCCCCAUCCUCCCCGGCAUCUUCCCCAUCCAGGGCUACCACUCCCUCAGGCAGCUGGUGAAGCUGUCCAAGCUGGAGGUGCCCCAGGAGAUCACAGCCGUGAUCGAGCCCAUCAAGGACAACGACGCCGCCAUCCGCAACUACGGCAUCGAGUUGGCCGUGACCAUGUGCCGGGAGCUGCUGGUCAGCGGCGUGGUCUCCGGCCUCCACUUCUACACUCUGAACCGCGAGGUGGCCACGGUGGAGGUGCUGAAGCGUCUGGGCAUCUGGAACGAGGAUCCCAGACGCCCCCUGCCCUGGGCCGUCAGCGCACACCCCAAGCGCCGGGUGGAGGACGUGCGGCCCAUCUUCUGGGCCUCCAGACCCAAGAGCUACAUCUACCGCACCCAGGACUGGGACGAGUUCCCUAACGGCCGCUGGGGAAACUCCUCCUCCCCAGCCUUUGGCGAACUGAAGGACUAUUACCUGUUCUGCCUGAAGAGCAAGUCCCCCAAGGAGGAGCUGCUGAAGAUGUGGGGCCAGGAGCUGACCAGCGAAGAGAGCGUGUUUGAGGUCUUUGCCUACUAUCUCUCUGGGGAGCCCAACCAGAAUGGCUACAAAGUGACCUGCCUGCCCUGGAACGAUGAGCCACUGGCGGCUGAGACCAGCCUGCUGAAGGAGGAGCUGCAGAAAGUGAACCGCCGGGGCAUCCUCACCAUCAACUCACAGCCCAACAUCAACGGAAAGCCGUCGGCUGACCCCGUGGUGGGCUGGGGGCCCAGCGGUGGCUACGUCUUCCAGAAGGCCUAUCUGGAGUUCUUCACCUCCAGCGAGACGGUGGCGGCCCUUCUCAAAGUACUGAAGAAGUACGAGCUGCGAGUCAACUACCACAUCGUCAACGUCAAGGGCAAGAAUAUCACCAAUGCCCCUGACAUGCAGCCCAAUGCAGUGACCUGGGGCAUCUUCCCAGGGCGAGAGAUCAUCCAGCCGACGGUGGUCGAUCCUGUCAGUUUCAUGUCCUGGAAGGACGAGGCCUUUGCCCUGUGGAUUGAGCAGUGGGGAAAGCUGUAUGAGGAGGAGUCCCCGUCCCGAAUGAUCAUCCAGUACAUCCACGACAACUACCACCUCGUCAACCUGGUAGACAACGAGUUUCCCCUGGACAACUGCCUGUGGCAGGUGGUAGAAGACACGUUUAAGCUUCUCAACGAGCCGGCCCAGCAAGAAUGAGUUUUCCUGGACCUGGAAGGGAAUGAGUCUUCCUGGGCCUGCCAGAGCCCCAGACCUCAGUAGCACAGAAGUCCGUUCUCCGCCAGCUAACUGCUGCGACUGGAGGGAAUUGACAGGAAAACCUCGCCAGACCCGGUGGGUAAGUAGCAUCCUCUUUCCCGUCCUGGGCACCCGGCUGGGACUGUGCAAACGGACCACCAGCCUACUCUUGGUCCACAGCAGCCUCUCCUGGGGUCCAGGCACAGCCAGAAGAAAGGUGGGAGGACAGAAGGGGAGCCAGAACUCCCGGCUCCUUUCCCAGCCCCAUCUCUGGCCCCAUUCCCCGACCAGUAUCCGAGAGCCCAGCAUCGGUCUUCCCCUCUCCAACUCUCGGGCCGGAGAGGCGGGUAGAGGGGUUCGAACAUUAUCGUGGCAACGCAAGAGCCUCGCUCCUGAGGCGGCCGGCACUUACACCCGACAGCGGGUGCUUUUAUUUGCCCUAACUUAAGCUGUUGGUCUGGGAUCUUCCUGACUCCACAGAUGGGAGGUGGGGUAGGGGGGAGAUCAGCCAGCAUGGGUUGGAAGCGUCUCUCCAGCUCUUCUGUGUGCCUGGUUCUUUGUUGCCAGCCAGGGGCGUGGAAAAGCACUGAACGACUAUUUUUCAAGGGCAGACCUGAAGCUCAGCACACAGACACACUGCCUCAGGGGCCUUGGCCCCACCCCUCUCUUCUGCCGCCCCGCCAGGCGGCCUUCCCUCCUCCCCCUUCCUGGCCCGUGUAGGGUCACUUCUCAAACCUCCAUAGAAACCACACUGUCCUUCUGCAGAGACUCAUGGGAGUCGUCGGCCUUGCCCUAGGUCUAAUGUUUUCUCUUUUCAGCCACCAGCACUCAACGUUUCAGGAGUGGUGGUGGUGGCAGCAGCAGGGAGCUUGCCCCAGUGGUCCUGGGGCAGGCAUGGGUUAAAGGGAAACCGUCAGUGAGGGCCCCCCUUCCCCCCAGGCCAUCCAGCACAGCUGGCUCUUACACCUGCUGCCUGGUAAGCAGCUCGGGUCAAAGGACAGCCACCCCAUGCACGACUCAGUGAGGUGCCAAUGGACAGAGGCAGCUGCAAGCAGGGAGAACUCAGGCUAAAGACAGCCUCCCCCUUCCUUCCCACCCCAGCCAGGUGCCAUCCAGCCCUCAGCUGCCCAAACGGGGAAGACGGGAGGGUUAAGGGGAAACUGAAGCCAGAGAAGAGCCUGGGUAACAAGGGAAUUUUAUUGUCAACGACAGGUCAUGGGUUCUGCAUCCUGAAUGCUGCUCAUUCUAUUAAAAUGCACUUGGAUAAGAUGG